CUCUACCUGCACCCCGACUCGCCCAACACCGGCGCACAUUGGAUGCGCCAGGAGGUUUCCUUCGGGAAGCUGAAGCUCACCAACAACAAGGGCGCGUCCAACAACGUCGGGCAGAUGAUCGUGCUGCAGUCGCUGCACAAGUACCAGCCACGGCUGCACGUGACGGAGGUGAAGGAGGGCGAGGGCGAGGCGGGGUACCCCUCCCCACACACCCACACCUUCGCCUUCCCCGAGACGCAGUUCAUCGCCGUCACUGCCUACCAGAACGCCGACAUCACUCAGCUGAAGAUCGACCACAACCCCUUCGCCAAAGGCUUCCGGGACAACUUUGACUCGUGAGUACCCCCCCCCCCCCC